CUACCAACAACACUUUUUCCCAAACAACUACUGAUUUGUCAGUUUCUUAAUUAUUUAGUCUAUUAAUUUUUAACAUAAUGGCUGGACUUCUUUUAAGUCCAACAGAAAAAGUGUUUAUAGUGCAUGGAAUUCACGAAGAUUACCGUUCAGAUGGCAGAUCAAACAUCGACUACAGACCCAUGGAACUGGAGACAGAUGUUGUCAGUCACGCAAGUAGUUCUGCCAGACUCAGAUUAGCCAAUACUGACAUACUUGUCGGAAUAAAAACUGAGAUAGAUAUACCCAAUCCAGAUUGCCCGGAAUUAGGAAAAAUUGAAUUCUUUGUUGACUGUUCAGCAAAUGCUACUCCUGAAUUUGAAGGCCGCGGAGGUGAACAAUUAGCCAACACCAUAUCAAACAUGAUGCUGAGGGCGUACCACACUUCACAGGCUUUUAAACUAAAACAGCUGUGUAUAUUGGAGGGAAAACAAUGCUGGAAACUUUACAUUGAUAUUUUGAUACUAGAAUGUGGCGGAAACUUGUGCGAUGCGGUGUCGCUGGCAGUUAAAGCUGCAUUAUUCAACACAAGAAUACCAUUCGUUAAGGCGGCUCUCAUGGAUGGCGGUAAUGUGGAUCUGCAACUCUCUGAUGAUCCUUAUGAUAGUAAACUGCUGGAGGUUGGCACUGCACCACUUUUGGUAACUUUAUGCAAGAUAGGCGACAAAUGUGUAGUUGACCCAUCGGCAGAAGAAGAAAGUUGUAGCGUAAUCUCUCUAGUAGUUGGCGUGACUGGCAAUCCGAAAUACUAUGCCAAACCAAAUGAGAAAGUGCUAGACGUUGAGGGUAAAUGUAGCACUAUAAGUAUGAACGGACCUGGCAGUCUUGCGCCGAAGACUUUGAAAGAUGCUAUCAAUCAAGGAAUAAUCGCAGCGAGGGCUCUAGAUGAAGCAUUAGGUAAAGCACUUUUACGUGAAAGAGAAGAACAUGUAGGAUUAAAGAAACAUUCUUAUGGAUUCCUUAAAUAAAAUUUUA